UCUAGAUGGCAGAUCUACUUCCUGUAAGUGGAAGUGAGAAAAUGUCAUUUGCGAAUAUGCAAGUGCGACAAAGACGGAGAACAUUAAUCGCAUCGUUACCACGAACCGGACUAUACAUGGCAGAAACACUUGUCCCAUAAGUGCGACGAACUCAGUUGCUCCACUUUCAUCAUAGAUGGCACGAGUGUAAACGAGAUGGAAAUAUGUAUAGCCGAGUCAGGCACUAGUUAUUAUAAUCAGCUCAGUCGCUAUAGCGUUGUCAGCGAGGACGGUCGUCAAUGACGUGUAAAAGUGUCGCGGUGCGAUUAAUGAUUUUUUUUUUUCAUUAAUUAAUUGACUAUAACCGUCAUGAGAAUCGAUUUUUUUUUAAUAAUUGUGUUCACUUGCGUUUCCCUUGUUACAGGAUUGUCCAUCGAGCCUAAUCAUGAUAAACCUUGCAUAGUCGGCGACGCAUGGGCUGAAGAGUGUAUGAGCUGCACAUGCACCGAGGGCCACGUGGCAAUCUGCCGAUCGACGUUAUGUGCCUCGAGACUGCGUCGAGCCCUGGACCAAUGUCGCGAAGGUGAGAUCACACGUCUGGACUGCAAUUCUUGUGUAUGCAAGAAUAAUAGACGUGUAUGCACCAAAUACAAAUGCAAUGGAAAAUCACGAACACCGGAUUCUGGAUGGAAACGUCAAUCGAAGAAGUACGAGUCGAGCGCCAAGGCUAAGGGCGGGCUCGCAAUGAACUUGGUGAAGAGAAACAGAAGAAGCUGAAUUUACAAGCGAUUGAAGUCACAAAGCAAUUUACACAUCUCUUCUUUUUACGCUUAACCAUACUUACCUCGCGGUGGGCCGACUACUUUGCUUUAUAUUAAUUUAAUUCACUUAUCGUCCCACUGUGUUAUUGUUAUUUAAUUUCGUAUGCGAAGUACUUUGGUAAUUGUGUAAUGGUGCUAGGACACUAUACCUAUAGCGUAAGUUGUUCGAUAAAGAUUGUCAAUUGUUGUUGUUUAGCUGCUGUCAGAUUUGACGUUUAAAUUUGUACUAGGAUUAAGGUUGGAGAAAAUAGCAAAGUAACUAGAGUUCUUAACCAGUCAGCUGUGUUUGACGAGUUUACUCGUCAUGGAGAAGUGGCAGUAUUUCGUGCCAUGGCGAGUAUACUCGUAAAACACAACUAACUGGUUAAGAAAACGUGUAUACUAUUUUAUCGGAAAUGUCCAAGAAUUUGUAAUUUGUAACUUAACGAUACUCACAGUGUCGAAUUCAGGUUACGGAGACAUUGCUGGAAUUUAAAUUAAUCUGACUGUGCUGUAGUCUUCUCAGUUCAGCCAUUCCGAGCGAAUUUAUUUUCAUGUAAUUUGUCGCUCGCCUUAAUGUAUUGGGUCACGUCAAUUGUAUCUUUAGAUUAAGGUCGCGUCUAUCUGGCAGGGCGGGAGAAUUCCUUUUAAGAUCUUUAAUUGAUUCUUACUGGUAUUCUUGAACAUGGACGUUUCGAUGGAUUGAUUUUUCAUUGUUUUCGAGAGUUAAUACUCGUUCACUUUUAGUCCUAUAGAAAUACGUGAAAUUUAUUGUCAAUCGUUAUGACAUCGUUUAUACGUUUAUAAUAUUGUUUUGGAUAUUCGAUCGCUCGCACUUUUUCAUGUGAAUUAAAAUAAAGCUCACGUCCACGUCGGAUUGGAGUAAUCAUUGAGAACGAGGUCGCGAGAUAUUAAUGAUCCCCUAGAUAUUCCUCAAGUGGAAGACCAGUUCGAAUUAAUACCAGUAGUUAAUGGGAGUAAAUUUCUACUUUAUAUUAAAAUAUUUCAAAAACUUGAACAGUUUAACUAUUGUACAUACAAAAGUUAAUAGGAAUAUUGGACUCGUACGUUAGGAGUAAUUUUAGACCAUUGUAACCUGUUUUUAAUAAAGUUUUAUCUAUGCCGGUAAUCUGUAGGCAUGCGCGCAGAAAGAGACGUUGAAAAAUGGUAAUACCAAAAAUUCAACCUAACCAAAGAGUUCUUCAGUCGUGUGUAGAGUUAGUCGAGUGUUUGUCUAAGAGCGACCCGACACCGACUUUUCUUUGGUUGGACAAGUCUGUGAGUGUAAUUAGCUCCGGACUUGGUGGCAAUUAGUGAAACGACGUGACUAAUAAUAAUAGUAGUAGCGGAACUUGAAAGGUGACAUUUAGAAUAUACAUGAAAAUUUCGAAUUUUCAACGAUAUGCAAUUAUCAAGGUACAGGUUAUGAAAUAAAAAAUAUUUCCAAAGUUACAA